AUGGACGCCCAGGGCGCCCUCGACUCGCUGCUCGGCCGCCUCACCGCCGUCCUUGUCAACGAGGCACAGCUGCUCGGUCGCGUCCGCGGCGACGUGGAGUUCAUCAAGGACGAGAUGGAGUGCAUGAACAGCUUGAUCAUGCAGCUCACCGAGGCCCAAUACCGCGACCACCUGGUCCGGCCGUGGAUGAAGCAGGUCGUCGGCCUCACUCGAGACUGCGAGGGCAACGUCGAGCACUACAUCCACUACGUCGGCAGCAGGCCUGCUGACGACGGACACCUCCGCCGGGCGUUGCGGUUUCUGCGGACAAUACGGGCGCGCCACCACAUCGCGUCGCGGAUCCGUGAGCUUAAGAUACGCGCACGAGACGUCGGUGACAGGCGGCACAGGUACGGAGUCACUGUGCCAGCCACGGGCACGGCCGGCAUGAAUGAUGUCGAUGCUGAGCCUGCGAGGGAGGAGGAAGAUCUCCGGCGACGCGCUGUUCUACUUCGGGGCACGGAACCUCCAGCGGAUGAUGACGAUGUGGUAAGAAGAGGAAUCCGUACUCUCAUCGAGUGCUUGUCCAUGGAACCAGAAACAACAGAACAAGGUGCGCCCCUGCCACAAGUGAGGGUCUUCAGUAUUUUAGGCUAUGUACCACAACAAGCAGCAUUCGUCUGUGGCCACCUUAUUCGGUUGCAAGGCCUGGUCCGACGGAGGAGAUGUAGGAACGGUACUUACCGAGAUACUGGAACAAGUAGGAGGUGUUCAACUUCAACCUGUCCAAGAAGAAGACGAGAGUCCGGUCAUAUCAUUUGGAGGUUAGCUAAGUGCAGUGCCUUUGCAAGGAAGAUGUUGAUGCAUCUUCUGUAUGUUAAUCCUACCAUGACACCAGACAACGCCAUUUCCAUGUGUAUGGGGAUGAACAAAAGUGUUGACCAAACAAUGGCAAUACUCUGCUACAAUGAGUUGCCUACCAAGUACAGGAGCUGCUUGCUGCAUCUCACUAUUUUCCCCCAAGGCCACGUCAUCAAGACUGCAAGAUUGGCAAGAAGAUGGAUUGCAGAGGGCCUCAUUACUACAAGUGACGAAACAGAGAGUGAAGCUGAUAAAGUUGGGCACUACUGGGAUGUGCUGUUCAUUCGAGGGUUCAUUUCUCCAGUGGAAAUCAGUGCAGAAGGCAACAUGAAGAGCUUCACAUUAAAAGAUGAAGUCCACAAGGUCAUCGCCAAGAUUGCUAGAGAAGUAAACAUUGUUGACACCAACCUACCAAUAGAUUUUGCUCACCACCUAUCCAUUCACAACAGAAUAUUGUUGCCAAAAUCUCAUUCAGGUGGUGAAAGCGAAGACAUUGCUGCUUCUCUUCCCUCUUUGGCUGCAUCUCCUCAAUGGAUACUGUUGAAAGUACUGGACCUAGAAGGCUGCCAUGGGUUGGAAAAGCAUCAUCUGAAGAGCCUCUGUAAGAUAUUGCUGCUCAAGUAUUUGAGUCUCAGGAACACUGAUGUUACAGAACUACCCAAGCAAAUCAAGGAGCUCCAGUGCCUGGACACUUUGGACGUCCGACAAACCAAGGUACGGGUGCUUGCCACAAAAGCUAUUGUGCUACCAAUUAUGAAGCAUUUCCUUGCGGGUCACAAGGUCUCUGCAGCCAAUGAUUCUACGACAUCUGAAUAUUCAUUCUGUGCAGUACAAAUGCCCCUUUGUAUUGAGAAAAUGAAUAACAUGGAGAUAUUGUCCCAUGUCCGAGUUUUUAACAGCAAGGAGCUAGCCAGCAUCGCUCAGCUACUGAAACUGAGGAAACUUGGUGUAGCUCUUCAUGGUAAACACGUCAAGCUGAGUGAUCUAUUUUGUCAGACUAAGAAAUUGCAUAGAUGCCUUCGUUCCUUGUCAAUCCGUAUUGACCCACAGGGUCAUAGCGAAAUCCAGUAUCUGGAGAUGGUAGAUCCAAUUGACCCACAGGGUCAUAGCGAAAUCCAGGAUCUGGAGAUGGUAGAUCCUUUGCACUCCACUCCAGAGUUCAUUGAAAGGCUGAACAUCAGUGGCAUCCCCGGUGGGAUUCGUCACUUGAUUGAAGAGCACCAUAAGCUUACCAAGAUAACACUGUCUGAGGCUCAGUUGAAGGAAGAUGAUCUAGCCAUUCUUGGCAAACUUAGUGCCCUGCACAGCCUCAGGCUUCAGCAUAACUCCUACACUGAAAGUGAGAUCGUAUUCAGGGGAGAAGAAUUCCAAAGCCUCAACUAUCUGCUUGUCGAGGUCAAAGAUAUCACCAAAAUAAGCUUUUCCUCUGGUGCGGCUCCUAAACUAGAGAGGAUUGUUUGGUCUUUUGCCAGAACGGAUGUUCUUUCUGGACUGAACCACCUGAGAAAGCUGAAGAAUCUGGAGCUCAAUGGCGACUGUGACCUGCAUCCCAUUGAAGAAGAGCUUUUCUGGCAUCCUAAUGAUCCAACACUAAAGCACAAACCACACCACCAAGGCCAAGAGGACAGAAGUGCAUUACCUACAAGUCUACAACAUCCUGAUCGGCUCCAUGAGUACUCCCUGCUACUCUCCACGACUGGAAGCUUGUUUCGGUGUUUCUGGAUCAAUUCAUCUUUGAAUAAUAGAUGCGGCUGA